CUGUUAGCCACACUGCUGGUCGAGUUAAUUGUUGAUUAAAAAUGUUAAUCGAACUUAAUCAAAGUAGCCUUUAAUAUUCUAAAAAUACAUAAAAAAAAAAAGAACAUUCGAAAAACAUCUGAACACUUAAAGAAAGAAGAAUAAGUUUCAAGAGAUAUAUAAAUAUUGAAGAGAAUAUAUAUAUACCUUUUGUUAUAAUUGAAAAUGAUCUUCGUCUGCGAUUGGCUAAAUAAGUUACUUCUUAGAGACAAACACGUAUAACUCUACAGAUAAAGUAGAAAUCGUCGUGACUUUCGUAAAACUUCAAAACUGUAAAUCAUCUGAAAAUAAUAGAUAACUAUUUGUUAGUGUAUUGGAUCUACGUAUAAGUAAUUUAAUUCGUAGAAGCUAAUCAAAAAUAAAAAGGUCACGAUUAGUGACCCUUGCGCAUGUUACUUGAUUCCAUUGACUAAAAUUUAGCAAAGAAAGAAAGUGAAACUAAAUAGACGUGCAGUGUAAAGUGAAUGUGUCGUAAUAUUUGUUCGAGUAAAGUAUACUAAGUACAUAUUCUCAUGACAAAUCACGUGCGAUCAAGAAUGCAAUAAUAAAAUUUGCUUUUACAUCCUUUUGCUUGUUAUACAAAUGCACUAUAUACUUACCAAUGACCCAGAUAGGUUAUGCCAUUAUGAUACCUGAUCUAAAUUUUUUCGCCUACAAUUAUACUAAGAAGUACUAUGUCUGCUUCAUUGUUUAAUACAUUCACUCAAAGAGUUUACAAUGGAAUGGAAUGGCUCUAAAGAAAUGGAGGAACGGAGGUGCAUUGCUGAUACAGGGAAAACAUUAAGAAAGUAUGGAAGUACAGCUAAACAUAUGAUGAGAGCAGAGAGCUUAAUAAAACAUAUUGUUGUGUCUACGGAUACACUUCAAGGAAUUGCGUUGAAGUAUGGCGUUACAACAGAACAAAUAAGAAGAGUUAAUCGACUGUGGGCAUCAGAUAGUUUAUUUUUACGAGAAUAUCUCCUUAUACCUGUUAGCACAGACAGCCCAUUAGCUUCGUCUGUUGAAUGUGCUGUGUACAAUGAUUCAGAGUGUAAUUCUACUCAAAAUGUAUCUAGUCCAUCCGUAAUAUCGCCAUUAGAUGAUGAAAGUUCAGCUGAUGAUUUUUUAGCAAAAAUGGAUACUUGUAUAGCUAAUGUUAAAAAAGAAAUUAAACGUGCUCAAGGAAGUAGUGAAUUCUGUAAUGAAGGUAAUGAUACUUAUGUGCAACAACGAAGAACAUCUAAUAAGUUUAAAGAUUCACUUCCUUCAAAUACACAUAUAUCAGCCCAUUCAUCAGAAUUAAGGCUGUCAUCCUCUAGUGAUAUGCAAAAUUUUCCAACUGCUGUAGUUAUGACCCAGGGAAGAAAAGUAAAAACGUCAUUACAAAGACUUCAACAGCAACAGGAUGAAAUGUUCCAAUUGUAGCAUCUAAAUCUUAUACAUGUAUAAUAUUUUACAAUUCAGCAGAUGUUAUUAAAGACCUUGCUGAAAAGAGCACUCUAGGUAUCAAUGUGUACAAAACAUUUCUUUAUUUGACAUAAGUUAUUCUAAAAUUAAUAUCUUCAUUGUGUCUUUCGUGUUUUUUUGACACUUAAUCCAUCUCAUCUGAUAGAAAUUAUUGAUAUUAAUUACAUAUGAAGGACAUCAUUAGAUUAUUUUUUUUAUAUUUGGUUACAAGUAAUUUUGAAGACUAUAAGUCAAUCAGCUUUGUUCGACCAAAUACUUUGAAUUCUUAGUAUGGACCAUAUGUGCCUUUGAUAUAUAUUUGUACACAUUAUACAAUAAUUCUGUUGUUAUUCUCUUAAAGUAUGUAAAUAAAUACUACAUCUUGUUACAUACAUUGUAAUGUGUACCAACAGACGAAUAGCAAUUGACAUUGCAUAAAAUAUUGGAUUUUUCAUUAAAAGGCACACUAUAACAUAUUUACAGCGAAAUAAAGACAAUAUACUAUAUAGUUUCAAUAGGAGCUAUUGGUAGUUACAAUGAUUUUUCAAGAUAUAGUAAAAUGAUAUCUACUGUGAAAUCAUUUUUUGUGCUAUAAUAUUAGUCUUCCUCCUUAUAUUAUUAGAAUUUUCCUACAUUAUUAGCAUUGAUCUCUAUACAGUUAUUUAUAUAUGAUAUUGUUUAAAUAUUGAAAAUUAAGUAAUUUGAUGUUGCAUUAUAUAUAAACUUGAAUUUUACUUAAUAAUGUUAAAAUAUACCUAAAAAGAAUACUGCCAAGAAUCAAACACAAAUAUAUUGGUAGUAUUUAAUGUACUUCUAUUAAAUUUGUUACAAUUCUAUUAUUCUAUGUAAAGUUAUGUUAAAUUUUAUAAAUCUAUAGAAAAUUUAUGUGAAAAAUUAUUGAUUUAGAUCUUUUGUUACUCUGAGCAGCACAAAUUGUAAUAAUUUUUGUAAGUUACUUAUUAUGUCACAAUUAUCGCAUUUAUUGAUUUAUAAUUUAUGUACAAAAAAUUAUUUUUAUUUUCAUUUAUUUUCAACAACAAAUAUUUUUUUUACAUUCUAUAUAAAACUAUAAAAAUUGUUAUUUUUGCCACUAAAACAUUUUUCAAGAAUAUUUUCAUCUAUAUUAGGCAGUUUUUAAUUGUUCACAUAUGAUCAUUAUAAAAUGUCAGUACUUUACUGUAGUGAAAUUGUUAUGUGACAAAUUAUAAAUCGCAAAAUUGUUAUUUAUCCAAAAAUUAUAAUUCAGUUAAUCAAAAAGCAGAAUAAUAAUAUAAAAUUAUUAAAUUUCAUUAUGGUUGUUAUUAACAUGCUUUAAGAGACAACAGAAUAUACUUAUAUCUUUUGUUAUGAUUUUUUGUUAAAUUAAUAUAUUCUGAUGAAAAAUUACAUUUUUUUUAUUUGGAACAGAUUUUAAAAAAUAAUUCUUGGAAAAGAAAAGAAAAAGAAAAGACCUACAAUUCUUUAAUGUCCUUUGAAUAUGUAAUCUCUUUCAUAAAAUUAGUUAGAAUCAUAUUUACAUUUUUGUUGAUUUAUAUGAUAAAAAUAUAAAAGUAAUAUUUGUAACACUUUCAUAUAGAAGUAUUUUAGUUAUAACAUUAACAGCAAUUUAUAAUUUUAAGGACUGCAAAGAUGUUAUAUAUAUUUAUUCAUUAUGUACGGUGUAGCUGAUAAGUGUUGUGUGUGUAUAUAUAUAUAUAUAUAUACAUGUAUCUAUAAAAUAUAUACACUUGCAAAUGCAAGUAUAUAAUUUCUCUGUUAUAUACAACUUUGGAACACUAUGAUAAUAGAAUACUGAUAUUACAAUCUUCCUAUCUUAGUUAGUUUGGGAAUUGCAAUGCAUCACUUCACUUGAUGUAACGAUUAAAUAAUAACUACAAUAACAAAGAUUAGAAUAAUUAAGAAAAUGUCCUAUUAUGUAAUAACAUCUGUAAUUAAUGCAAAUACUUAAAUUAUUCAGAAUAUAUAAAAAUAAGAAAGAUAAAAUGAUAUGUUGAAAAUAUAAUUAUUUAAAAUGCAUGAUGAUAAUAAGAUGCCGAUUUAUAAAUAUUAUAAGGAAUUCUAGAUAAUAAUUUAAUAAUUUAAAAAAUACAAUGAUGAUAAUAAACUUAUUUUCUAUUUUUACAUGCAUUCUGCUCGCUAUGAUGUAAACAUAUAUUUUUCCAAAGAUUACAGAAAAAAACAUUAUUGUUUCAAUAAUACAAUAAAGAUAUUUCAUUCUCA